UUUACACGCGAAAAAGAGGAAAAAUUAGUAGAAAAAUCCGCGAAAAAUGUGCGCACUAUGAAAAACACUGAAAAAAGUCGAAAAUUUUGAAGGGAAUUGUGUUUGAAGGAAAAUCCAAUGCUUGGGAAAGGAUUUUCUCUUCCGUAGAUGUAUUGGAAAAAAAUUGUUCGAGUGAAUGUCUUGAUUAAAAUUUAAUGAAAAGCACUCUAGAUUAUUAAAAAGUUGUGUAGAAAUAACGCAAACGAUAGAAAAAAGGGAAAUUUUAGUGAAAAUUAGACGGAAUAACAAAUAAAUCGCCAUGGAAAGAAUGCAACCACCCCCGCGAAAGGGAAAUUACACGAAAUUUCUCAAAGGGCUUCACGCGGAACAGCUCAGCAAAUUGCAACAAAAGAACCAGCAUGAAUGCGAAUUACUCGAAGAUAUUCGGCAAUUUACCCUUAAACGAUCCGCCAUCGAGAAGCAGUACAGUGAAGCAUUGCUUAAAGUCUCAUCGCAGUAUUUAAAUAAGAAAAAUGUUCCCAACAUACCCGAAAUUGGAGGUUCAGGCGAUGAAAGAUGGAACAUGUGGAGUGUCUGGCAAACCGUAUUAGAAGAAAAUGAGAAAUUAGCUCGAGCUCGUUUAGCUGCCGUCGAAGUUUUUCAACAGCAAAUCGCCGAUGAGGCCAAAUAUUUGCGCGGUUUUAAGAUUAACCAGUCAAAGAAGUCGCUGGAUCUCCUGAAAAACAUCCAAAGUGAACUCCAAUUGUCCGUGAGUGAAGUUGAUGCCACCAAAAAGCAGUAUUUCGACGAAGAGCAUUCAGCUCAUGAUGUUCGCGACAAGGCACGUGACAUCGAAGAAAAGUUGAAGAAGAAAAAAGGUUCAUUUUUCCAGUCAAUCGCUUCGUUGCAGAAGAACAGUUCACGUGUCACCGCCCGAAAAGAGCAAUUGGAGGAAAAAUCCACCGGAGCUCGUAACGACUACAUCCUCAGUUUGGCUUCAGCAAAUGCGCAUCAAAAUCGCUAUUUCACCGUGGACUUGCAAACAACGAUGACAACCAUGGAGAACUACGUUUACGAGAGAAUUGCUGAUUAUUUGGCGCUUAUUGGACGUACCGAGCUCAUGACAUGUGCCGCAACUCAAAAUUCCUUCGGCAAAAUUCGGGAUCAGGCGCAACAAUUAACGCGCGAAUAUAACAUCCAAUGUUGCUAUUUGUACUAUCCAUCGUUGAAGCAACACAUCCAAUACGAGUUCGAGCCAUGCGAUAAUGAUCCAGUGCGUAAAAUUACCGCCGAACAUGACUCAGCUGCGGAUACUUUGAACCGCGAAGGCAAACGUUGGGCUGGAAAAGUCGCCCAAUCGAACAACACAGUUCGAGAUUUCUCACGGAAAUUGGCUCAUUGCAUGGCUUUGCGAGAUGCCGGGCACAAAUGCGACCCGAAUGACAUCAAUGGACCCGAUUUGGAGACGAAAAUUGACGAGUUCCGUGAACAAAUUCGUAAAGCGGAGGUCACAAAAGCCAAAUGCGAGGCACGACUUCAGUGUUUGCGCGAUGGCGGCAUCAACGUUGAAGACUGGAUCCAAGAAGCGGAGACUACGAGUGUUCAAGAGAUGCCACGUCGAGAGAGUUCGAUGUCCGUAAAGUCUGGGGAAUCGCGCGAUAACGAUCAUCAGAGCAGCGAUUCGUUCUACGAUAGCGACGCCGAAGGUCAAGAAGACCAAAAAUCCGUGAAAAAUCAAUUUGCGACAGUUUCAAAGCCGGUAACGACGACAACGCAGCAACAUUCCGAGGAAUUUGUCGAUUCGUCGGAUGAGGAAGUUCCACAGCCGAAAAUGGCGCCUCCAGCAGCACCGGCAGCACAAGAGCAAUUCGCCGUUUGGGACGAUCCAACACAAAUGGAUUGGGGUGCAGCAUCAAGUGAACCGCCAAAAACGUCGCCGCCUGCAGCGCCAACAGGAGUUUCGUCUUCGGAAUCGAUGCAAACGUUCAAAUGUACCGCUUUGUACUCGUAUAACGCCCAAAAUCCCGACGAAUUGACAAUUGUUGAGAACGAACAGCUCGAAGUUGUGGGCGAAGGCGAUGGCGAUGGAUGGUUACGUGCAAGAAAUUAUCGCGGCGAAGAGGGAUUCGUGCCGCAUAACUAUUUGGAUGUCGAACGCGAUACCUCGAGUCAAGAUCAAAGUGCCCAACAACUCAAUCAGCAGUUCUCCUUCUCCUCCGUUGAUUACACUGUCGACAACGAACAGGAAUUCCAGCAAGGUACGAGCUCCGCUCAAUCCCCGGAUCAAGUUUCGGUCAUCGCAGCUCCGACUCAAGCAUCGUCGCAACCAAAACCGAGACCAGCAGCAUCGGAUGUCAUGUAUUGUUGCGCCUGUUACGACUACGAAGCGUCAGCUGAGGACGAAUUGACGUUCGAGGAAGGACAAGUUAUUCGUUUGAUCACGAAGGAGCCACAUGGCGUCGACGACGGAUGGUGGGAAGGUGAAUUAAAUGGCAAAAUUGGUAAUUUCCCGUCGUUGGUUGUUGAGGAAUGCGACGAAAAUGGCGAGCCGUUCUCCGAUGAGGGAGAUGAAGACUUUGAAGAUGACGAAGAAGAGACGUUGCCGCCAACUGGAGCACCGCCAGUUAUUCCGGGCAUGACGUUAGCUGAUGUUAUCAUCACAAGUCCUCCGGGCGGAGAUGCACCGACGUUUAAUUUGAACUUCAAUAAAGUAAAACACAACAACAAAAUGGACAUGGAUUUGGACCUCACCUCGUCGGCACAGAAGAAAGUUCCAGCUGUCUCAAUUGUGUGCGAGGAUGCUGAGGAGCAAUCCCAGGAUCCCGAAGAAAGUGGUAAGGCUUCUAGCAAUGGUGCUUUAGGAUGUGUUCAAAUUAGUGUCACUGCAGCCACGCCCAUGGUCGAAGAUGCCGACAAGGAAUUUUUGCCGCAAGACGAGGAAGAAGCACGUGACUCGCCGCCCGAGCCGGAGCCUGAAGUGAAGCAACAACCGCCGCCGCCGCAGCAGCAGCAGCAACCGCAAGCCGUUACCGAAGUUUACAACGACACAAUUCUCGAGGAAUCGGAACCCGACGAAGAUGACGAACCGAUGAAAUCACCGCCGAAAAUGGCGCCUCCUCCCCUUCCGCCAUCAGCAGUUGCUGAGGAGAAAUCCGAACCACAAGCCGCCGAUCCGAACGCUUUCGAAGCCAACUUUGAAGCUGCCUUCGAGGCGAACUUUGACAACGCCUUCGGCAAUGACUCUGAGGUGCCUAAGCAAGUGGUUGGAGGACGAGCGAGCAUACCCGACGAACUGGAACCGCAACAACUGGCAAGACUUCAAAACUUGAAGGAAUCAAACGCGUAAAAAAAUCCCCGAACGAGGACAUUCAUCAACCGUAAGAUAUUUAUAGUGUUACUAAUAUAUUACAAUCGUUACAACAAGCAGACAAAAUAUUAUAUACAAAGUCAUUAAUGUUGAAGAAUCCCCCAUGUAGACGAUAGUUUUAAGAGCAAUACUGCAGACUCAUCAAUGUUGUACAAGUCCCACCAUUGUUUUUAAUUUUUCGUUAUUUUCCCAUUUUUUUGCCUCAUCAGCUUCUCCAAAUUAAUCAUUUUUGUGUAGAAGUCGCUAAUUAAAUGACAAGAUGGGCCAAUUUUCUAUCAACAAAUAAUAUCACAGUCGGUGUUGUGUGUCGUUCACUCUUUAGCAGGCAAAAUUUUUAAUUUUCCUUCUUUUGUGUUAGAUAAAUGUUAAAAACUAAGCAUCGGUCGAGUGAAUAAAAUAUCAUUAAAAUUAAUGAAAAAAUAUAAAAAAUUAUAUAAAUAUAUAGAAAAGUACCUUAUUAGCCUGAGCUAUUUAUUAUUACUCUAUAUUCUACUGUUAAACUAAAAAAAAAUCAACAAAGUUAACCAUACGAGAGACAGUUUUAAGUUAUACAUUGACGAACUUUAUUAGGGAAUUCUUGGCGUAAGCUUAUCAUCGUGUUAAUCAUUUAUG